AUGUGUUUGCAGGUAAAAAUUUCAAUCUACAUCGCGUAUCUGCAGGCCAUCGGAUACGGCUUAACACUCACAUUCCUCCUCAUUUAUACUUUCUCAUCGGUACUUGGAGUGUUGUCGAACUUAUGGCUGGCCAACUGGUCGGACCACGCCAAGAAGGCGAAUGUCACCGAAGCAGAUAAGCGUGAUACAAAUUGGCGACUGGCAAUUUAUGCCUCACUCGGCAUGGGGCAAGGUAUUGCAUGCGAAUCGCUGGUACAUAUAUGA